AUUAUUUACAUAUAUAUGAGCGUUUUAACACGGGGAGGGAAACUUAAGGUAGUACUAACAGAUUACUGCUAAGCCGAAAUGUGCAGCUCAAAUCUUGAAGGGGAAGUCCCGAAUGACGAAAGGCAUUGUGAGGUACGUGUUGGGGAAUUUACUUACAGUGGCAGUUGCUGAUCAUAAAGGUCGAAACGUCCAGCAAACUUGGUGUUGCGUGGAAGUCUGCAGAUUCUGGGACAAUGAGCAAGAACAGCAAGAAAUCAAGGAAAAACAAGCAUAAGGCUGCUCCUGCUAGUGCAGAGCAGAGCUCGGAGUCAGUGAAUGACAGUAUGAUCAAUGGAAAAUCUGAAAGGAUUCUAGAAGAUGCAUCAGGCCCCAGUAAGAAUAAAGACAAUACAGACAAGCUGACGAUGGAAGCUGAUGCUCCAGAACCUAAACCAGGAAGGAUUCUAGAAGCUGCAUCAGGCCCGAGCAUGAAUAAAGACAAUAUAGACAAGCUGACGAUGGAAGCUGACCCUCCAGAACCUAAAUCAGGAAGGAUUCUAGAAGACGCAUCAGGCAUGAGCAAGAAUAAAGACCGCUCAUCCGAGGUGUUACAUGCAAAUACAGACAAGCAGAAGAUGGAAGCUGAACCUCCAGAACCUAAUCCAGAAGACCUUUCACAAUUAAAGAACACAUGCCGUGCUUUGAAAUCAAAUCUAAAUACCAUUAAUAGGAAAUAUCAAGAGGAAAAAAAAGAAAAGGAAAUGUUACUUAAUGAAAACCAAGAUUUAAAAUCCAAAUUGUGUUCUGUGGAAAGGGAAUUGGAAGCUGCUAAAAUGCAAAUAGAAAAAUUGAAAAACCAAGGAGCUCUUCCCCGAAAAUCAUGCGAGGCUCACGAGCCAAUGGAUCAUGAAACAGUUGAGGAACAUGCGAGUGAGCAACCAGACCAAAAAGCAUCUUCAGAUGGACUCAUGCGGGAGAAGAAGGAAGACUAUUUGGUUCAGAACAGUGCGGAAGGGAUUUCUGAGGGACCUCGUGAGACGUGGGAUCAGGAUGUUGAAAUGGAUGACUCGUUCAACAGAUGGGAAUCAGGACGUGCAGCAAAGCUUCCUCAAGGUAAUGACAAAGAUAAGGAGUCCAGUUGGCACCAAUCGGAUCGGAAGCAGUGGAAUGAUGUGGCUGCUUCGGUUGAGCGUGAUGAAUCUUUGAGUAGCAGCCAAUCUUCGGAUCACAGGGGUGAUACCAGAUCACAAAAUAGAAGAGAAAGUUAUGUGGGAUGGAAACGCAAUGAAAGGUCUUUCUAUCAGCCACCAAACAGAAAUGACGAGCAUGGCACACGUAAUUUCCAAAAUGACAGAGCCAAUAGACAUGACAACACUUAUAGAGAGAGGGGAAGAGGAGUGGAUAAUAGAGGUGAUCGUGGUCAAAACUAUAACCAGAAUGUGAAUGAGAGGGGAAGAGGAAUGGAUAAUAGAGGUGAUCGUGGUCAAAACUAUAACCAGAAUGUGAAUGAGAGGGGAAGAGGAAUGGAUAAUAGAGGUGAUCGUGGUCAAAACUAUAACCAGAAUGUGAAUAAUUGCAACAUUCGUGACCACAGAAUGAGAACUACAGGUGAACCACAAGUUGUCACAGAGACUUCUGGUGAUCUUUUUACUGCGCCAGCAGACUACUCCCUUGCACACUGUGUUGCAGAGGAUAUGCGCAUGGGGAGUGGAAUAGCUGUCACAUUUAGGCAGACGUUCAGACGUGUGGAUGAGCUUCUUGAUCAACGUAAACGACAAGGGCAGGUUGCAGUGCUGGAACUUGAUAGCCGCUUCAUUUAUUACCUUGUGACUAAACGUGAGAGUACUGGGAAACCAACAAUGGAAACACUAGAAAGGAGUCUUGUGGCUAUGGGUCAACAUGUUAUUGAGAACAAUGUGAAAAAAAUUGCAAUGCCUCGCAUUGGUUGUGGUCGUGACAGAUUGGAGUGGCGCCGUGUCAAGCCACUUAUAGAAAGCAUCUUUUCAGGAACAGGUGCACAAAUCAUAGUUUACAAUUACGAUGAGGAUACGGCAGAAUCAUCAAAACCUAAGCACACCAGUAAUGUUUGGUUGAAGAGCGCACAGAUGCCAGUAGCUGACAUUGAUGUAGGUACUGCUAUUUUGUGCCUUUGUGCAGCAGAUCGCUCGGUCAACUCAACAUUAGAAUUAUUGGACAGAAAAUUCAGAAUAAUGUCGCAGUAUCAGCAAAUGGACAGAAAGCUUGGCAAAUUUAUUGCUAUACAAAAACCAAAUUAUUACAUUUUCCUUUUAAUUGUUAGAGAGAGCAAAAGCAGUCCACUUUCGUUUAGAGCACUUGGAGACUGUAUGCGGCAAGUCUGUAAGUUGAUUGACAAGGACAGAUACGAAUAUGUUGCUGUAGAAGCUUUUGAUGACGAGGAUGAUCCACUUCUAUUUGAAAAAGUCAUUACUGUAAUAAAGACAGGACUCGAUACAAAGUAUGAAAAAGAGUUGUGGUUAUGUUAUCCUGCAACAGUUUCAAGAGUACCCAACACAAGGCCAAGCAGUGAAACAUAAUGCUCUUUCAUAUAUUAUAGUUCUUUGUAAUGAUAUUAAACAAGUGAAUGUAAAAUAAAAAUGUAAGAAUAUUUUCAUAAAUAAAUGUAAUUGGUGUAUA